GUGACGUAGAGGUCAAUGCGAUCGUCAUUAAUGCUUCCUUAGAUUUCAUGGUUAACCAUAUACAAUUACAAGUUAUCUAUUUUGUUGUGAAGUGCACUAUUUUCUGUGGUUUCUUACGCAGCACUAGAAGAAAAAUUAUUUAUACAGGAACUAAAGAAAAAAUGUAUUUGAGAUUGUGCUGUAUAAAAAAUAGUAAUGCACUACCAUUAGGCUUAACUUUAUCUUUAGUUUAGGCUUAGUUAGUGGUACUCCGUCGGAAGAAAUUAGGUUGUUACUAUUAGUACUAACUACUAAAUUAAUUCGGCGAUAGGACUUACGAUAACUACAUUGAAAACUAAGCGAAAAACAAGCUUACUUGAUGCGUGAAUUCGAGAAACACACGUUAAACGCAUGUAGGAGAAAUAUUAGAAUGUGAUAUUUAAAACGAAUCAAAAUAGGUGUUGCAAAACGAAUACUAAUUAAGAAGAAAUAGUAACUAGUAGUAGUACUGAACGAUAAUUACGAAUAAAAAGAAAAUCAAAAGUUACUUGAUCAUGAGUGGUAGACCAAGGACAACAUCCUUCACUGAUGGUAAUAAACAGCAGCAGCAACAACAACAACACCCUAGUUUUCCAGGCAUUAAAAUAAGCAGUAAAGAUGGAGGUAAGGUGACUACAGUUUUGGCAACUCCAGGUCAAGGACCUGACAGACCACAGGAAGUAUCCUACACUGAUAUGAAAGUCAUUGGAAACGGGUCUUUUGGUGUGGUUUACCAAGCCCGACUUGUCGACACUGGGGAAAUGGUGGCAAUCAAAAAAGUUUUACAAGACAAAAGAUUUAAAAAUCGAGAAUUGCAGAUAAUGAGAAGACUACAUCAUUGUAAUAUUGUCAAACUGAAAUAUUUCUUUUAUUCUCGUGGUGAAAGG